AUGCCCCCAGAAGGAGGGAAGUCAGAUAUGGAGAGGAUUGGAAUCUUCAAGGAAAUGCGAUACAUCUCCAUUGGAGACAAAUACACCCCUUUUAUUCAGCGUCCCUGCAAUGAGUCUGCUCAGAAGGGUAAACAAAUACUGACUGGUGGGGCCACCAAGAAGAAGUCAGGGUUACAAGUGGGCUACUUUGACACUCACUUUAAGCGGGUCUUUGAAAAAGAAGCCCUCACAGACCCUGUGAGGCUCGCCCGGCAAUACAGGAGUCAGCAGUCCAAGAAGAACGUAGGCAGCGCCUUCCUACCCAGCAAUGGAGAGAAGAAACCGUCAGGGGUUGGCAGCUACUACGGAACUCUGAGUGGUCCCAUCCAGUCCAUGAGUCCUAUGAAGGUCCCCAGGAAGCUGUGCAAACCAUCAGGCAAGAACAUCCUCACCAACCCACCCAAGAGGGGAAGUGGAUACAGCUAUCCAAAUGUCACCCUGUCCAAAGUUGUCCCUUACUCCUCGGACCCCUAUGACAGAGCAAAUGAGAUGUUGAAGAAAGAGACAGUAAGCCAUAAAGCUAUGCUGAAAGGUGGUGCUUUCCACUUGAACCUCCACCCAAAGGAAUGUUUCGACAACAACCCGUACAAACUGGACAAGCCUCUGCCACCUCUGAAGAGAUUGGAGGAGAAGAAGAGAUUUGUGGUUCCCUUCAAACCCAGCUCACCAAACAAAACAAUUGGCGGCAUGAAAGCAGGUACGUUUGAUAUUUACCCCACUCACUCUGCUGACCUCUACAUCACCCGGAGAUCCAAAUCUGUGACCGUGAAUAAGGAAGGAAAGGUAUUUCACCCAUCUCCCGGACCAAAGAGCACCCCCGUGAAGAGCAUCAUCAGUGUUAAUGUGAACAGGGCAGUGCACUCUGCAAACUACACCAUGAAUAUACCAUCUGUGAUGGCAUACUGA